UGUUUCAUGCUUAAAUGCUAGAAAAUUCAAAUUCCGUCUGUCGUUGUACCCCAAACUUUUUACUCGUGUGCUACUGUCAAAUUUCACAAUGACGGAGAAUAAAAACGAUAAAACCAAAGUUGAUUUAGGACUGUUGGAGGAGGACGAUGAAUUUGAAGAAUUUCCCGCUGAAGAUUGGACAGCGGUAGACGAAGAUAAUGAAGAUAUUAGUGUUUGGGAAGACAAUUGGGAUGACGAUGAUGUAGAAGAUGAUUUUAAUCAACAAUUGAGAGCUCAAUUAGAGAAACAAAAGGCUCAAAAUGAACAAGGGAAGGAGAAUUAAAUAAUUUAUAAAUUAAAUCUUAUUAAUCAUAAGAAUAAAUGUGUAUUAGACUGUUAAGGUUUUGCGUACAUUUAAAUUUCAUGUAUAUUGAUAACCUUUAUCAAUUGUGAAAUAUAGUAAUUUUUCAUAAAUAUUUGUACAAAACUUAAACAUUAAAUGUGAAUGUACAGUUUAAAUGCAUAUAAUACAUAAUAUGUACAUUACAUAUUAUUGAACUCUUAAGAGUCAUGUUAAUGGAAUAAAUACUUGGCAUCCUUAUUUUAAAUGUAUAA